GCGCUGUUCAAGUCCAGUGGAGUUCCUAAUCCAAGAACGGUUUUUAACUAGACCAGGAUCGGUAACCCAAAGAAUGGUCGGAUUUCAUGGUUUUCUGUGUUUCAGGUAGACACGAGUAGCUGCCAAGCAUUUCGAGACAAGUCAUGGUUUUCCACAUCUGCAGGAUCGGUCUGCGGCAGGGUGCCCAGCUGAAAUUGUCGGCCACAAAGUUGGGUGGAUUUGUUGGAAUGGCUUCCAAAAUGGCGCCGUUGGCGUUGAUACAGCCAUCGAACCGAGGCCUGUUCACCUCCACCGACAACAUCGUCACCUUCUUCAUGGGUCACAAGUUCAUGCACAAGUUUGACGAGCGGAGCAAGAUCAUCGUCGUUGACGGCAACAUCGGAUGCGGGAAGAGCAAGUUCAGCAAGGAGCUGGCUGAGAAGCUGGGAAUGAAAUACGUCCCCGAGGCUCAUCUCCAUUACCUAGAUGAGCUGGAACUGGGACCGGGAAAGAAAUACGACCCCAAAUUCAUCGGUAAUGUCUCACUGGAGCAAUUCUACAAGGACCCCUUCGCCAAGGAUGGUCAUUCCUUCCGCUUGCAGAUGAUGAUGUAUGCCAUGAGAUUCAGGCAGUAUUCCGAUGUCAUUGAGCACCUUCUAAAAACAGGUCAGGGUUUGGUCAUGGAGCGAUCUGUGUACAGCGACUACGUCUUCAUGGAAGCUAUGCUGAAAAUGGGAUACUUCAGGAGAGCAUGUCAUGAUUACUACAAUGAGAUCAAAGCCAUCUCACUGUACCGCCUACGCCCGCCUCACCUAGUAGUCUACUUAGAUGUCCCCGUUGACGUCCUUCAGAAGAGAAUCCAGGAAAGAGGAAGGGAGAUGGAGGCUAAGAUUCCUGGCGAGUACUUGCAGCACAUCGAAGACGGCUACAAGAACAACUUCCUGCCAGAGAUCAGCGAAACCUCCGAGGUCCUCCGGUACGACUGGAGCGAGUACGGGGAAGUCGACCAGGUCGUGGAUGAAAUCCAGAUGCUGAAGUUUAAGCAUCUUCCCUGGAACGAUGACGACGACAUCACCCUAGACAGGCUCUACAGAUUUGUCUUCAACAAGUUCCAUGUUGCACGCUGCAUGGACAUCCCCAAAUAUCUUCCCGAGUUGACAUUCGGGGCCCAGGAGUUCUAUGACAUGACGAGGGAAUUCGAAGAGAAUCACGACAGGAGUUACAGUCCCAGCUACAACUUGAAGGAAGGCGAAUCGAAAUGGAAACUGCUCUUCAAGUGAUCACAAUCAACCUCCGCGCCUCUAAUACAUUGUAUAGCACAGAUUGUAAUAAAGAAAUUUAAUACAGAACACACUUGGAAACGUUUCAAAACAAUAUCGUGUUGAGAGGUUGUACCUCAGGGGGCCUAAGCUCUCACUAGGAACUUAGCAAAGUUGCCACUAGGAACUUAGCAAAGUUGCCACUAGGAACUUGGCGAAGUUGCCACUAGGAACUUGGCGAAGUUACCACUAGGUACCAAGUGAAGUUGCCACUAGGAAUGUAGCGAAGUUCCUACUAGGAACUUAGCAAAAUUCCUGCAAGGAACUUAACUAAGUUACUUAACUAAGUUUCCACUGGGAACUUAACUAGGUUUCCACUAGGAACUGAACCGAGUUUCCACUAGGAACUUAACUAAGUUUCCACUAGGAACUUAACUAACUUCCCACUAGGAACUUAACUAGAUUUCCACUAGGAACUUAACCAAGUUCCACUAGGAACUUAACUAAGUUUCCACUAGGAACUUAACAAAGUUUGUGAGAUGCACUGGCCAUUGGCCAUUGCUGGAUGCAGCCAUUGCCAUAUUACUUUAGUCACUUUAUUACGAGUGUUAACUUUUUUCCAUCAGAGGCUUCAACCAUUUUACCGUGCAUUGUUAAAGUCUUAAAUUUUAAUUUAUUGUACACAUCAAGAUUGACAUCUUAAAUGUAGCAAUUGAAUUUCUUUGGGGGCAUGCAUGUUGGAGUUUCCUCAAGCUUGUUUAAAAAAGAAAGCUUUUCUUUAUGGAACGGUUUAUGAUUAAAACGUGAUAAUAAAAUGAUAAUAUUGCACUUCAGAAGCAUAUGGUAAUUAUAUCAAAAAUUUACAUGUAUGUACAUGAAAAUAGUUAUUCUUGUUGGGCAAAAUAAUUCAGACAUAUCAGGAUAGUUCAUUGAUUGACUACAUGUUCUGCAACUUCAACAGUCCUCUCCAUGUCUAGACUCGGUUAAAAUUCUACAAAGUUCAAGAGUUUCUGAAGACAUCUUCAUAAAAGUGUUCCUUUUUCUUACAAGGAAACGAAAGGUCAUAGCGUGAUAUUGAUUUGGCAUUGUUGUGCAAGUUGUAAUUAAAAACCGCAGAAUGUGUUUUAA